AUGAAGCUCUCCGCAAGUUUCGCAGUUGCCUUACUAUCCAGCAGCUUCUGCGCUGCCAGCGAAACCCUACCGACCCGCGACAACGCCGUCAACUGUAGCAUCGGCCUCGCCCGCUGGAGCGGCUCCAACCUCUGGGACGUAACAGUGUACAACGUGCCGCAGCCGCUGCGCCAAGACAACAACAUCAUCGCGACAUUGAAGAACCAGAACAUGGGGAAGGGCGACUCGAUUACAGUCACGGAUGGCGUCCCGCACGCCAUCACGAUUUCAAAUGUGGAUAAUGUGCCGGCGUUCGAUUACGAUACGCAGGAUAUCGAAGCCCCGAUUACGGAUCCGGAUACGGGAAAGACGAAGGUGCAGCUCAAGUUUGAGAUUCCGGAUCAGACGUAUAGCUGGACUACUGAUGAUUGUGGAGCGGGGAGCGUGGUUUACUCGGCUGGUAUUGAGUCAUGGACAUGCGAUUUCCCCUGUGCGGCUGCUGCUGCUGCGAGGGAAUUGUGA